CAAUCCAAUGAUAAAGAUUCCAGGCCUAUUUAUAUAAAUACUAUAACACAUUGGCUAUUGUCAAGAUCUUGAUAAUUAUUUUGUGCAAUAUGAACGCUUUAUUGCAUUGCAGAAGAAGGAAUGAUCAGUAAGGUUAUACUAAGUUUCGUUUUCGAUUCACUCACCAGCUUCCUUCUCAACACAUCAUUUCCUCGUCAGAGUCCCGAACCAUAUGGAAAGAAUAUAACUGUGUAUAGCAGGUUGAAGAAAUGACGGAAUCGACAAUAACUAAACUUAUUUGUGCUAAUCGUGGAUCAAUGAACGUCGAUGAAUUAAAUGCAAAUUUUUACGGUGACUUGCAAGUCUCGGUGCGGGAUGUAAUUACGAAUAGAGCGAAAUUUUGUUUUGUUGUUUUUAACGGAGAGCAAAGGGUGGUAGCCAAGACUGGAGUUCGAUUGUGCAAAUCCAAAGAUUGCCAGGGAUGCCGAAAUUUACAUUUUUGUAAACGAUUCAUGCUUGGGGAUUGCCCAUUCAACCGGAGAAGAGGAGGAUGUCGCUUCAACCAUGACAUGACCUCGGGGGAGAACAGCAGAAUCCUGAAAGAACACGGACUGGAGGAACUGAACAGAUCUGAGCUGUGCACCCUGCUGCUUCAGAAUGAUGGCUUCCUCUUACCACCAGUGUGCCACAACUACAACAACGGCGUUGGAGAGUAUGGCAAAUGCCUGGAUGGCGAGACAUGCAAGAGGCUCCACAUCUGUGAGAUGUAUCUCAGGGGUAGCUGCAACUGUCCCAGGUGCCAUGAUUUCUACGAACCCCACCCAUUCAAAAUCCUGCAGGACAAAGGGGUGCCCAACGAGCUCAUUGCCUCCCUGAAGUCGGUGUACAUGAACAUCGAGUGGUUGCAAAAGCAAGACCGUGUCAUGCAAGGCAAGGGGCAACAUCAAAGAGCUAAAGCUAAUGCAACCGCUAACACAAGUAACAAGUCUAACAGAGGCCCACUGAGCACUCACGAUAAAGCUGAAAUAUGCAUGUACUUCAUCAAGGGCAGUUGCAUACACGGUGAUAAGUGCUUUAAAGUCCACUCUACCAUGCCCUACCAAUGGGAGGUGAGGGAGGGACUAAACUGGACAGCUUUACAAGACAAUGAGGUGAUUGAGAAGGACUAUUGCGACCCAGCAAAGACCUACAGUCGGGGAGUCCAGCCUGUGUGUUUCGAUACGAUGACCUGCGGCCUGAACAAAGCCCGGCGUCUCUCCACCGUCUCCUCUGUGCUACAGCCUACCUUCAUCCUCACCACGGAGUGGGCCUGGUUCUGGGAGGACGAGUUUGGAAACUGGAUCCAGUACGCAUCAGCAAUCAGUGGACACAGGGCAGCCACCAUCACCAGUGAAGACCUGGAGAAGAGGUUCCAGGAAGACAACAAGGCUGUGAUGGAGUUCACCGCGGGGUCACAGUCCUAUGAAUUCAGUUUCCCAGACAUGAUUCAAACAAACAAGCAGUACACCACCAAGAAGGUUGUGAGAAGACGGCCUGUGUUUGUCUCUUCAGCUGAUGCACAAACUAUCAAAACCAGAAAAAGGGCUCCAAUCAAUCACUCAAAUUUCAGAGCUUUACCAGGACAAUGGGACAAGGCAGAAACCCCUGAAACAGGAUACAAGAGAAUUGACAUUCCGUGCUCGUCAGUGGAGUUUAAGGAGAUUCAAGGACUUUUUCAGAACACCAUGAGAGGCUUCAGCAUCCACCAAAUCGAGAGGAUUCAGAACAAAGCCCUUUGGGAAGUCUUUCAGUGGCAAAGGGAUCUCAUGAAGAAGAACAACAGAGGGAGGAAUGUGACGGAGAAACAGCUUUUCCAUGGCACAGACUCCAAAUACCUCGAUGCCAUCUGCCUUAACAACUUUGACUGGCGGAUCUGUGGACUAAACGGAACAACCUAUGGGAAAGGGAGUUACUUUGCCAGGGAUGCCAAAUACUCCAACAGCUACACUGGCCAAUUAAAUACGAGGUCCAUGUUUGUCUGUCGUGUGUUGGUGGGAGAUUACAUCAAAGGGCACUCGAGCUUCCUCCGGCCCCCCUCGAAGGACGGAGGGGACACCAUCUUCUACGACAGCUGUGUGGAUGACGUCAGCAACCCCUCCAUCUUUGUGGUGUUUGAGAAGCACCAGGUGUACCCAGAGUACCUCAUCCAUUAUGGUGAGGACGAUGCAUGGUCACAAGGAUACCAGCAAUACUACCGUCCAGCUCCUGUACCUGCUCCAGCGCCAGUAUACAGACCAGCGGCUGCCACAGCGCCUAGACCAGCACCAGCAUACAGACCAGCGGCUGCCACAGCGCCUAGACCAGCACCAGCAUACAGACCAGCGCCUAGACCUGCACCAACAUACACACCAUCACCAACCCCUGCACCUAAACCUGACAGCUCCUGUGUCAUUAGUUGAGGCUGACUGCGAGGGACUGAAUUGUAAACCUUUUGAUAUUAAACCGAGGCAAAAACAUAUGCUUUUGGGAAUUAGAGAAAUGGAUUUAGCACUCUGUUAAAUGUUUGACAAAUUACAGAUACUAUUGGGAUGCACCUUACUAUGAUUACUAGAUGUUCUGUUUUCUACAAUGCAAGCAUUUUUGUAGUGCUACUGACAUUAUAUAAUGGCAAAUUGCGAAUCUCACAACAAAAGUAGUUGUGUACAUUAUAAGCUUUAUACCUUUACAGUACAGUGGUUUUACAGUAUUUGCUGAUGUGCAUCAGUUCAAUGUGCAAUUAUGGGUUUCAUUCAUUUUAUUAAUAUAAUCCAUCUGUUUUCUUUGCAUUAUUCAUGUUACGGAGGGAGGGAGGGAAAUGCAGAAUGUUUACAUUCUGUCAGAACAUGUUAUGGUUAGACAUCAGAUAUCCAAUGGAAAGGAGAAAGGCCACAGUCAACAAGACAGCCAUGAGUUGGGGAGGAGUGAGGAAUUUGGGCUGAGGUCAGGUCAGAUGAAGUGAGAAAGAACAGAAAUCACUAAAGUCCUGUCUAGCAACAGAGAUCUAUUGGCUGUCCAGAUGUGUAAGGACGGGAAGGUAUAGCAGGAAGGUUUAAAUACCAGUUCUUGUGUAAAUAUGUCUUUGUCAUUCAGUUGUUUGAUCCAUUGGGUGAAUAAACUUGAUUUGAGCUUUA